GAAACCAACGUAAACCAUAAUUAACGUUGACAAACAAAGCGGAUUGCCAGAUAGUUAUCCAGUUUGACCAUUGACAGCCCCGUGUUUCACUACAUUUCCGCAACUAAUACUUUUUUUAAAAUUUCGUCUGCGGAUUUAUUUAAAUAUAUUUUGCGGGAAUUACACGAAUGUGAAGAGGAUGGACGAUAAGGUGACCACAGAAAACGCAACGGAAAGAGCAAACACCGACGAUAUUUCUGGCAGAAACGGAUCAGGUGGGAUUAUAAAAAAUACACUUGAAGAAAAAAAUAAAAAUGCACACCAGUGGGAGACCUCAGUGCAAGAGGAAAAACAAUCAGAGCCAAGGAUGACCAAGAAGUUCCUCAAAGACCUCUGCAAGAAGAACAAACUGUACUCCACACCUUGCUUGAAUGACACUCUGUACCUGCAUUUUAAGGGUUUCUCCAAGAUUGAGAACCUGGAAGAAUACACAGGGCUCAAAUGUCUCUGGCUGGAAAGCAAUGGUCUCCAGAGGAUUGAGAACCUGGAUGCUCAGACUGACCUUCGCUGCUUGUUCCUGCACCAGAACCUCAUUUGCAAGCUGGAAAACCUGGAACCCAUGAAGAAACUCUGCACCCUGAAUGUCUCCAACAACUACAUCCAGAUGAUAGAGAACAUCUCCUGCCUUCCUGAACUCAGCACUCUACAAAUAUCCCAUAACAAACUGGAGAGUGCGAAGGACGUAGAGCAUCUGAGUGAGUGUAUGGCCAUCAACGUGUUGGACCUGUCUCACAAUCUGUUACACGACCCUGAGAUUGUCUCUGUGUUGGAGGCAAUGCCAGAACUGAGAGUGCUGAACCUGAUGGGAAAUGAGGUGGUGAGGAAAAUCCCAAACUACAGGAAGACCAUGAUUAUCCAUCUUAAGCAGCUCACCUUCCUCGAUGACCGGCCCGUGUUCCCCAAAGACAGGGCAUGUGCAGAGGCGUGGGCCAAGGACGGGCUGGAGGGGGAGUGGAAGGAGAGAGCGGCAUGGGUGUCACGGGAGAGAAGGAAAAUCCAGGACAGCUUGGAUGAAUUGGCGAAAAUUCGUGAGAAAGCCCUGGAGAAAAAACGCCUGCGGGAGUUGCAAGCGGAAGGGAAAAUUGAGACAGCUCCUACUUCAGUCAUAGCUAGUGAAGAAAACAUGGAGACUUUGUCUUUCUCUGAAGGAGAGGAUGUCCAGAUCUUUACGGAGGGCAGCCAGGAAGAUUUGAAGGUUGACAAAAGUGAGGCAAACGACAGAGACCUCAACGCAGAAGAGCUGGAGGAGGACAAGUUUGAUAAAGAAAAUGAUGAUCAAUUUCAAAUCGGGCACGAAACAGAAGAGAAUGUCUGGGCGGACUCUGUACAAGAUGGACAGAUGCUGCAGAUAAAUGUGGGAGAAGAAAAUCACAAGUUAACAAAGGAUAAAGAGAAUAGGUUGUCUGAAAACACACAGCCUACGCAGGUUUCUCCUGAUCUUUCAGAAGAAGAUGAGCUUGUACCGUUACAUGGUCCUGGACCAUUAGUUACAGAGCUGGAGGACGAAGAGCAGCUGGAAACCAUCCACCUUCCCAUAAGCCAGUCACUGCGUAUUGACGAGCUGCCCGACUUGGAAGAUGUGGAUACAGAAGACUUCCCUGGAAUAUCCCAUCAGCAGGACUCCAAACCAAAAAUAGAAGUCAUAUCAGGAGAUGGCGAUGAAGAGACACCGACUGAGAAUCAGGGCGGUGGCAUCUUCGGUCUCAGCCAUGACGGAACGUCCUCGUUGUCUCCAGGUGGCUGCAACAAAUCAACUGGGCUCCCUAACGAUUCAUCACUGCUCUAUCCAGAGGAUGAUGAUGUUCUUACUCACUAUCCAGGAUCCAAUCAACCUUCCUCAGAGAAACAAUGCUUGAUUGAGUAAGUGAACUGAUACCUUUAGAUGUAAACAUGUUUUUUUUUUACAAAAUUGGCCUUCUGCGAUAUUUGAAAUUACAAAACUUUUAUCCGACCGUCAAACGUGGCCUUUAGGAUGUAACUGGAAAUGACUCUCACAUAAAGAGUUGAAAUUCAGCUUGUUUGAUACGUUUCAGCACAUUUGAUGAAAGAAAUCCAAUUUUUAACUGAUUCGACUUCUUGCAGGUACCCCCUUUUUCAAGACUUACAAAAGCAAAAGUUCAUGUGGACUUUUUUGUGUAACAGCAAAUUUACAAUGUAUUUUUUUUUCCAGUUCUGACAUCAAUAAAAACAAGAAAAUGCUUUGCAUGUAUUACUUUAAUUAUUUUACAUUACAUUUCCUAGGUGAUGUCACAUAUUACUCCCCCUGCAAUAAAUAUUCCACAUGUUACCACAUAGCAAAUGUCUCCACGUUGUAGGUCAAGACCAAUGCCGUACUGCUUCAGUAAGUCCUCCCACAGCUUUAGGUGCCAUGAACAAAUAUUUACAAAUCAUUUAUGACUGGGCAGAAAAGUUUGGAAUAAAAGCAAAACAAGAACAAACAAAAAAACA